AUGGCAUCUGAUUCGAAAGCAGUAGGUAAUCAAGUAACAAAAGAAAUCGAAUCUCGAAUAAAACAAGUACCUGAGCAUAUAUUCGAAGCUUUUCUUGAAAUUCGUGAACCAGUCGAUAAUGAAACACCGGAAGUUCUACUUAAAUAUCCAUCUGAUUGUUCCGAAGAAGUUGUCAAAACUGCGACAAGCUUUGCAUAUCCCUGCAAAAUUCCACCCGAUGAACAAAGUGAACAUUUCGCAUUCGUAGUACUCGAUCCAACUAGUACAUCGUUUCGUUUUGGAUACUGUCGACGAUCGAAUCGCGAAUCUACUUGCCUGUGUAUGAUCAGUUAUUAUCCAUGGUUUGAGACGUUUUACACCAUUUUGAAUGAUUUAGCACAAAUGAUUACUUCGAAAGCGACUGAUGAUAUGGAAGAGUUUCUAUCCUCAUUGUAUAAUUACAAAUUGAUGUCGACCGACGAAUUCUUUAACAACGAAGGAAAAGAAAUCAUCGAAGUCAAAAGUCGUUCAAAAAUUUAUACAUACAAUCGACCGGACCUCAGAAAACUUCCAUCAAUGCUAUCAGAUCGUAAUUUUACCGUUAUGUUCUCUCGAUUGGGUUCCGAAAUCAUGCUACGCCUAUUUGCUCAUAUCCUUUUCGAACGACGUAUUCUUUUUGUUUCAUCGAAAUUGUUUCACCUAACUGCAUGUGCUUAUGGAUGUUUACAUUUAAUUUAUCCGAUGCAUUGGCAAAGUAUCUUCUUGCCGAUUGUGUCGUCAUCGAUCUUAUGGACAACGGCGUGCACUGCUCCGUACAUUCUUGGUGUACAUUCCAGUGUAUUCUCUACAUUGAAUGUCGAUGAGUUAGGCGAUGUUGUGAUUGUGAAUAUCGAUGAGCGAAGAUUGGAGUCACACUAUGAUGAUCUGAAUCUGCUUCCGAAAUAUCUAUUUCGAAGUAUGAAAAAAGGUAUUCAACAAUCAUCCCAAUUAGCUGGUGAUCAUCUUGCGAGAGUUUUUCUUCGUGCGAUGGCUUGUUCGAUUGGAAACUAUGCCAGUGGAUUUACAUUUAAGAAUGAAAAACUAGAUUUUGAUCGAGAUCUGUAUCUUGAACAAUUUCUCGGAUCUCAUGUGCAUUCAUUUAUGUCAACAGUUGCGAAUACCCAAAUGUUUGAACAAUUUUCGCGGUACCGGACUUAUCUUCAACUUCAACGCGAGACAGAUGUUGAUGAAUUCGAUAUCGAAGUGAAGAAUUUACAUCAAUUGCAACAAUCAAAAAAAUUUAAAACAAACAAAAAGAUUUACAAACUGUUGGAAAAAUAUGUGAAAGAUGGGACAAUAGUUUACAGUAGUAUUAGUGCACAAAAAGAUCGUACAAAAGCGAAUAAACGAAAAUCACUUAUCGAUUCAAAGGAUGAAAGAAAUAAGGCCGCCAAUCCACUCCUUGAACAAGUACAAAAUAAAGCUGAAAAAUUUCAAACUGUUAUUAAUAAAGCUGGUCAACGUGUAGCUAGCGAAGCAUCGUCAGUAAGGAAUAAUUUAACAUCUCUGGAUUUUAAUGAUGUCAUGCGACGGAAUCAUAGUUCGAAAGUGAAUAAUUCAAUUGAACAUAAUCAACUCAGUGCAUUAAAGACAACGCAUCAUUCAAGCACACCUGAUUUACUCAAUGAAAAACCGAUUCCAUACGAACGAUUUCAUUCAGGAAAUUCCGAACCACGUCUGAUCAAUGGUGACCUUGUCGACUCUUCAUCAUCGGAAUCAUCACGUUCAUCGACUCCUGAACCCGAACAAUACAAAAGCAAUCCAUUGAUCAAUUUCGACAUUGAAGAUAAUCUAGUAAUGCCAUCUCCUGUUGUACUCAAUGUCAUCAACACUCCACUCGCUACGCCAGUGCCUCGUCAAACACCUCAAAUUGAUUCAAAAAUCAAACAGUUACAAAGCGAACUUCAACAUAAAGUUCAAACAUUUGACGGGAAACGUACCGAUCCUCGAAAUGAAUAUGGUGAACAACAGACAGAAAUUAAAAGACUCGUUAAGCAAUUCGACCCACUUGAUGAUUCCAAUUCUUCACCUAUGAUCAAUCGAACGCCGAAUACAUCAUUUACUUCCAUGCCUAUUAAUCUUCGUUUGGAACAAAGGCUCACAUCCCAUUCGAUAGGUCGCCAUCCGUCUAUUCACGAGGCUAUUCCAGCGAAUCGCGUGACGACUCUUCUACAGAACAUUCAAACUAACUUUGGUACCACCAGUCGAGUUUCUGCACGGCCAAGUAUGCCCACGCAGCAACGAGAGAGAAAAUCUCCGACUGGCUUUUCUCCUGCAUCAACUGCACCUGCUGCUUUGUUUCCGAAAAUUUGUUCGUUAAUUUCUGAUGAUCCAUCGUUGAGUUUUGAUCCUUUAGCACCAUCGAAAGAGAAAAUCUUACUUGCACCUACGCCAUCAGCGUCUACUACGCCCAGUUCGGAAACGAACGGUUCGAAUUUGAUUGAUUUUAAUUAG